AUGACGAAGGCGCCAGAAGAGAUGAACAAGCGCUUCAGAGCGCGCUGCGAGGCCAAGGUUUGGAAGAUGGAAACAAGAGCCUCGUCUUCGGACGGGCGAGAACCGCGGAUCAUGUCAAGAGUACCAGGGGUUGGGUGGGUUGGGUCGAGAGCGCGGAGCAGAAAGGCAGCGGUCAGCUUACCCUAUGUUCCGGGGUCGUAG